GAUCCCCCACACCACUUUCGCCGCCACCUCCCGCCGCACAUGUCCCCUCCGAGUCGCCCACCCGGCGCUCCGCGGGGCCCCAGCUGGUAGCCUGAGUGCGACUGCGGGAACCCGCGGCCGGCGGCUGGGCCUUGUCCCAGACAAAGGCUAGGCCACUCCCAUGUCCAAUUAAGCCACCCUCCUCCCCGGCCUCCCAGCCCUCAUUGUCCCCGGGGUCGCCAAUUAGCCUAGGCGCCCCGCGUACCCGCCGCUCCGGUGCCGCAAGGCCUCCUUAACCCUUCAGGGCCUGGCCCGGGGUCCUUGGACGGCAGAGCCGCCGGCCCACGCGUGGCAGGAGGGCCUGUGCUGGGACGAUGGCGAUACCUGCUGGCGGCCUAGCCUGUCGCCUCGGGCUCUCGCGUGUGGGGCGUGUGAGGUCUAAGAGGGAAUUGUGCGUGUCGGUGUGGGGUGGCGCGUGCGAUUCCCGGAGGAACUCGGAGAUGGAGGGUGGGAGUGCAGGGGCUCCGAGAGACCCCUAGCGGCUAAGCCGCCCGGAUCCCAAGGCCCGGGGGACCUCAUUUCCUCUCGGGUUAAUCGGAAUCUUCCGAGCCCUCAAGCCCUUCCUCCUCCACUCCCCCGCCGCUGCUGUGGAGAACCGGAGCCACCGGUAUGGCCUGGCCCUGCCCUCCCGAAGGCCGCAGCUCCCGGGCCCGCCUCCCCAGCUGACCGCGAACUCCCGCGCGGGGUGCUCCUGGGGCGGGAGGGGCGCGCUCAGCCUCGCUCUCCCCGGGACUCUCACGCUCAAGCGCCCCGGCUUGAGGCCAGGACCCCCUAUUUCCCGGUUAUGGGACGGCCCCUUGAGGGACAGCCUCUACGAGCCCUGGAUUUAUACCCCGAGCCUGCCUUCCUCCGCUCUGGGAAGGACCCAAAAUCCAGUCCCGCUUCCUCCCCCUCCUUCGCUGUCCUUGGCCCCGAGGUGCGGAGCACCGGCGGUCAGGCGGGAUCCCGCAGGAGGCCGAGCGCUCCCUGCUCGCAGGACAGGGCGGCAGCGGAGGGAGCCCCCGCCCUCUUGGGAGGAAGCCUGAGCUCCGGGUCUCCUGGGCACCCUCCCGGGAGCGCCUUCGGGGUGGAGGCUGGUCGCCGGGCGCUGAAUGUGUCCGAGCACGCCCGGGGCGGUUUUGCACUUGGACUUCCUUUUGGGCUCUCCGGAGGCGCAUAUCCGUUCCUCCUAUUGGAUGGGGCCGGGGACCCCGAACCCACUCCGGAAGCACUGAUUUCCAGAGCUGAUGGCCGCGCCUGGUUUCCCAGCGAGUCCUCUUGGCAGCUCCCGCAGCUCCCCGCCGGGAGCACGAGUGGGAGCGAACCCAGCCGGCAACUCCCCACAGGUCCACGAGAUGGCGCUGCAGGCCAGGGCCCGGGCCGCGGCCUCACAGCCCGCCUCGGGCGAGAGCCGGAGAUAGACUGCGGACCCCGGCAAGCGGGGCACGGAGGCACAGCCACCGACACAGGCAGAGCCGGGUCCGGAGCCCGGCACAGGCCGCCGAGGGACCGAGGGACUCCGGGGCUGCGGACACACUGAGCGGAGGGCUUGAGGCUCGGGGUGGGGCCUUCUCCCCUGCUGCCACAACCGCCCGGCAGCGCCAGCUCGGCGACCUUCCAGGCUGCUGCAGACCCCAGCUUGUCCUCUUCUGCGCGCCCGCGGGGCUGGGCCCUCGCGUUCUCUCUGCGGGAAGUGAGCCGCCGGACUCCGGCCUCCUGGGCCCCUCCGAAGGGGGGCUGUGGCUGGCAUCCGCAGCGCGCGGGGCGCACGGCCCUAGGAGCGCGGGGCCCACUCGACGGUGAGGACUUACGGGCGGGAUAGGGGAAGGAUCGGCGGGGAUCCAGCGCUCCUCCAGCGGAGAGGGCCCCCUCGGCUCCGACCCGCCCUCCUCACCACCCUCACCCGGCUCUUCAGGGCGGGGUCUUCAGGGUCGAGGGCAGGAUGUGCCCUGUGGAGCUGCUCACCUAAGUUCCUGCCUCCAUAGGGGAGGCUUUGGGCUGCGUUAUUCCAGCGGGAGGUGGUGGGGACUGGGGAGGGCCCAGGGGUCAGCCUGAGAAUCUCGCCCUUGGAUUAAAAGCCACCAAUGCUCUGGGUCAAGUCUCAAUGGGAGGCUGGGGAUGUAACACCCGUUGGCUGGGGAAUGCCAGAGUUGGAGGGGGUGGGGCUUAGAAGCCUGUUUCCAGCUGACCUUUUAUGUCCCCAGAUGAGCUCUGGCACCCUCAGAGAUUAACCCUACACACGUUUCCUAAGGGCACACGGCUAGAAAGCAGCCCAGUUAACACCAGUCGAGGGUCAUUUCCACUGCGAUACAGUCACCGGCUGGGUGAUGGGACCCAGGCCAGAUGUCGUCCCUGCACUAGGCUCUCAGCUCUUUUCUCUUUCAAAGUACAGUGUAGCAGAGAAUAGGACCAAAUCUUUGGUGAUUUAAUAAUUAUCUACAUGCUCAUCUAUGGCUGAAGCAGCUGCUUGGUAGGAAAACUGGACAGGAGAUAGAUAGGUACAAGGUCAAACUCUGCCUCUAGAGCUGUGAGUGCUCUUUGAAAAUGUGACUUUAUUCUCUGGGCUGCAGAAGCCUCAUCUGCAAAAUAAGUAGUUUGGACUAAAAUCAAGUUGAUCUGCGAAUGGCCAGUUGACCUGGCUCAAGUUUCCCCCCCCUCCCGCCCCCAGCCUCAACUGCUUCAGAGAAAAGCCAUGUUCCCAUUUAAUGCUUGAGGAACCUGAGCCAGAAGGAUAGGUGGAGUCACAGACCUUGAGGACCUUGGCCAAGAUUCUUGGGGUGGGGGACUGGGUUGGUGGCCUGGAUGAAUUCCCAAUUAGGAAAUUACAUUCUAGGUCCCGGCUGCCUCCAUUCCCUGUGGGGUGCGAUCGUCAGUCACAGCUUGGCCUUCUACCUCGAGCAAGCUGCUUUU